AUGGCGCUGCAGCCGCCCCAGCACGAUGACAUGAUGGAUAUUGAGCAGGUCGAGACCUCUCACCCGCAGAAGCGUAUACGAUGGGCAACGCACCGCGCGACCGGCGUGAAGGCGCAAAACAAGAGGGAGAGCCUCAAGGCCCGCUUGCACCGGCGGAUAGGCUCGGGCGAGAAACGCGACUCGCUGGGCAAAGAGGGAGGAUUGCCAGGCGAUCCCACGCCCGACAGCUCAGACGCAGGCAGUGACGAGCCAGACGGUGGACGGAGGGUCUAUUUCAACGUACCCCUACCGCAGACGGAGCGCGACGAGGACGGCCACCCAACCGCACAGUACGCGCGCAACAAGAUAAGAACGGCCAAAUACACCCCUCUCAGUUUCGUGCCCAAGAACCUGUGGUUCCAGUUCCACAACAUUGCGAACGUCUACUUUUUGUUCAUUAUUAUCCUGGGUAUUUUCUCCAUCUUCGGUGCCAGUAAUCCUGCGCUGAAUGCCGUGCCGCUCAUUGUCAUCCUCGUCGUUACUGCCAUCAAGGAUGCUAUUGAGGACUGGCGGAGAACCGUCCUGGACAUGGAACUGAACAAUGCCCCCGUACACAGGCUAGUCGACUUCAACAACGUCAACACUGCGGAAGACACGGUAUCCUUGUGGCGCAAGAUCAAGAAGGCGAGCACGCGAGGCAUCAUCUCGACAUGGCGCGCAAUCAAGAAGGUGAAGACCAAGAAGGGCAAGGGCGCGAAGGGUGCUGAGCAUGGCGGAGUGGCUGGAGACGGCACAAGACCCUCGAUCGACACACGGCGAGCCUCAACUGCUUCGCACAGAGAAUCCUACUUCGACUCCGAGGAUGGCAUCCAGAUGACCCCCGUUCCUUCCCCGCUCCCCGGACAGUCUCCAAGCCAUUCACCGCCACUGACGACCGGACCCGGCGACAAUGACAAAAUUCGAGGCGCCGACACCAAGGGCACUGUGCAAAAGAAGUUUUGGGGCAGCGUCAUGAACCCCUACAAGACCGCACCCGAGAAGGCGCGCUUCAAGAAAGAUUCAUGGAAGAAUGUACAGGUCGGCGACUUUGUUCGCUUGUAUAAUGAUGAAGAAAUCCCUGCCGACGUGGUGGUACUCUCCACCUCUUCCGACGAUGGGGCCUGCUAUGUAGAGACCAAGAAUCUGGAUGGCGAAACGAAUUUGAAAGUACGCAACGCCAUUCAUGCGACGCGCGACGUCCGCCACGCCCGACACUGCGAACGCGCCGAGUUCAUCAUCGAAAGCGAAGGUCCUCACUCGAACCUCUAUUCGUACAGUGCCGCCAUCCGAUGGCAACAGCACAAUGCCAAAGACCCGGAAACCCCAACUUAUGAGAUGGUCGAGCCCAUUUCGAUCAACAAUCUGCUCCUUCGUGGAUGUCAAUUACGCAACACCGAGUGGGUUCUCGGUGUGGUCGUGUUCACUGGUGAAGAGUCAAAGAUCAUGAUCAACUCGGGAAUUACACCUAGCAAGCGCGCUAGAAUAUCGAAAGAACUCAACUGGAACGUCGUGUACAACUUCAUCGUCCUCUUCGGACUAUGUCUCGUCUCGGGAAUCGUACUGGGUGUGACCUGGGCAAGAAGCGACACCUCGCAUUCUAUUUUUGAAUAUGGUUCUUAUGGAAACAACCCUGCCACGGACGGAGUCAUUGCCUUCUGGGCUGGUGUGAUUCUGUUCCAGAAUUUGGUCCCUAUUUCUCUCUACAUCACGCUGGAAAUCAUUCGCACACUGCAAGCGCUCUUCAUCUAUAGCGACGUGCAAAUGUACUACGAGAAGAUCGACUAUCCGUGCACACCCAAAUCAUGGAACAUCUCGGACGAUGUCGGACAGGUCGAAUACAUCUUCUCAGACAAGACAGGAACCCUUACGCAAAACGUUAUGGAAUUCAAAAAGUGUACUAUCAACGGCGUACCCUACGGAGAGGCAUACACCGAGGCGCAGGCUGGUAUGCAACGACGACAAGGCAUCGACGUUGAGGUUGAAGGUGCUCGUGCACGCGAACAGAUAGCCCGGGACCGCGUCCGAAUGUUGGAAGGCAUUCGCAAGUUGCACAACAACCCAUAUCUCUGGGACGAAGAUCUUACAUUCAUCGCACCCGACUACGUUGAUGACCUCGCGGGCGAAGCCGGGAAAGAGCAGCAGGCGGCUAACGAAAACUUCAUGAUCGCCUUGGCUUUGUGCCAUACUGUCGUGACUGAGCGAACUCCUGGCGAUCCUCCGAAGAUCGAGUUCAAAGCCCAAUCCCCUGAUGAGGCUGCUCUAGUAGCUACUGCUCGCGAUGUUGGCUUCACAUUCGUCGGCCGUCAAGACGACCGUCUCAUUGUUAACGUCAUGGGAGAGGAGCGUAGGUACCAGGUCCUCAACACCCUUGAAUUCAACUCAACCAGGAAGCGAAUGAGUGCCAUCAUCAGAAUGCCUAAUGGUAAGAUCAUGCUCUUCUGCAAGGGAGCCGACAGCAUGAUCUACUCUCGGCUGAUUCCCAACGAACAACGUCAACUUCGUGCGACCACAGGUGAGCAUCUUGAGAUGUUUGCUCGUGAGGGACUCCGAACUCUGUGUAUUGCACAAAGGGAGAUCCCUGAUGAGGAGUAUGAGGAAUGGAACAGAGACUACGACAUUGCCGCCAAUGCCGUUGUUGGACGUGAAGACAAGCUUGAAGAGGUAUCGGACCGCAUUGAGAAUCACCUCUGGCUCGUUGGAGGCACUGCUAUCGAAGAUCGACUACAGGAUGGUGUUCCCGAGUCCAUCUCACUUCUUGGCCAGGCCGGUAUCAAACUCUGGGUCUUGACUGGUGACAAGGUUGAGACAGCCAUCAAUAUCGGCUUUUCUUGCAACUUACUCGACAACGACAUGGAUCUCAUCAUUCUGAAGGUCACUGACGACAACAUAUCAUCAAUUGAAGCACAGCUCGACGAGAAAUUGAAGAUCUUUGGGCUCACAGGCUCUGAAGAAGAGCUUGCUGCCGCGCAAUCUGACCACGAACCCCCACCACCGACCCACGCUAUCAUUAUUGAUGGCGACACGCUCAAACUCGCUUUGGACGAAAGCAUGAAGAGGAAGUUCUUGCUCCUAUGCAGGCGCUGCCGAUCAGUUCUUUGCUGCCGUGUCAGUCCCAGUCAAAAGGCCGCCGUUGUCAACAUGGUCAAGACUGGCCUGGACUGCCUGACUUUGGCCAUCGGUGACGGAGCCAACGAUGUUGCCAUGAUUCAAGAAGCACACGUUGGUGUUGGUAUUGCCGGUGUCGAAGGCCGGGCGGCAGUCAUGUCUUCGGAUUACGCCAUCGGACAAUUCCGCUUUCUCACUCGUCUUGUGCUUGUUCAUGGACGAUGGUCGUACCGCAGGCUUGCGGAGACUAUCGCCAACUUCUUCUACAAGAACAUCAUCUGGGUGUUCGCUCUUUUCUGGUACCAGAUCUACACCAAUUUUGACAGCCAGUAUAUCUUCGACUACACCUAUAUUAUCUUCUUCAACCUGGCCUUUACAUCGCUCCCUGUCAUCGUCAUGGGUGUUCUAGAUCAAGAUGUCGACGACAAAGUCUCAUUGGCCGUCCCUCAACUUUACCGUCGUGGUAUCGAACGGAAAGAGUGGACGCAGCCAAAGUUUUGGGCGUACAUGUUCGAUGGUGUAUACCAAUCUCUGAUUGCAUUCUAUUUCGUCUACGAAAUUUUCGAGGCCGGUACUUUUGCUACUGAAAGCGGCCUCGAUUUGGCCGAAUACAGGCGCAUGGGUAUCUACGCCGCCACCGCAGCUGUCUGCGCCGCCAACAUCUACGUUCUUUACAACUCGUACCGCUGGGAUUGGCUAAUGCUUCUCAUCAUCGUCAUCAGUACCCUACUCGUCUGGACAUGGACUGGUAUCUACACAUCCUUUACUUCAAGUGCUCAGUUCUACAAGGCUGGCGCAGAAGUGUACAGCAACAUCAACUUCUGGGCGUACCUUUUGGUAGCUGUUAUUGCAUGUUUGCUUCCCCGUUUUAUCUUUAAAUAUGCCCAGAAGACGUACUUUCCCCUCGACGUGGACAUUAUCCGGGAACAGGUGCAGCAAGGCAAAUUCGACUACCUACGCACUACGACUAGCUAUCUGCCUCCGCCUCCGAGCAAAGUCGCCGCUGAUAAAGCCGAACCUGCGGAUGCCGACGCGACGAAGUACAAGGCUGCAAAUGCUGAACCAGCAGACGAGGAUGUACGACCGAUCUACCCACCAUCCGUUGCGCCUACCGCGACAACGCACAAUCCGCGAAGUCAAAACGGGUCGAACAGCACCGACUAUACCUUCCGCCGUAGUACGGAUGGUAUGCCACUUGCGACCGAGCCUAUGCCUCCUGUCUCUCGCGUAUCAACGGAAUUCCGCGUGCGACCCAGCUUCGACCGCGCGCGAAUGUCCAUGGACCGAGUGCGUCCCAGUUUCGAGGCCAGCAACGAUUUCACAUCGGCAGCCAUGCUUACCCGCUUGGAGUCGUCGCAUAGUCGCAACAGCUUCCACGGGCAACGACAGAGUGUCCAAGGCAUGGGCCAGGGCCAUACAAGCACACAGCCCAACCUGGGCAGUCGAUUGCGCAACGCCAUCCGUCGUGCAACAAUAACGCGGGAAGCACUGCGCCGACAGAUCUGGAAGUUGCACCUCCCAUGCCCAAAUCGCCCAAGCCAGGGUCAAAAAGCCCGCCCAACAGUCCGCCGCGGUAGCCAAGGCUGA